AUGAGUCAAGCAUCUGCAGAACGGCCUCAUAAACGUGUACGGCAAGCAUGUGAACCGUGCAGGCGCAAGAAGGCAAAAUGUCCAGGAGAGCAGCCGGUCUGCUCCCUUUGCGCGCGAUUACGCCAGAGAUGUGCGUACGCUGGAGAGACACGGAGGUUUUUGACAAACGUCUCGUCAGAUGAGACGGCGCCUCCUGUGACUCUUGCUGCCGUCGAUGCUCCAGAGAUGCAAAUACGGGAUAGCCCUAGAAAUGGACAACGAAGGACGCCUGCAUCCUCACAUAUGCCGACUUGUAUGAAUCAUCCAGUUACUUCGUCAAUUACUAACCCCAUUACCCCACUUCCAACAUGGGAGAAAGUUCUCACCGUUGCGGAUCUUUAUCUGUUAUACUGCGAGUCUCAACCCCUUCCUCUCUUUCACAGGGAAACUUUCCUCGGUAGUCUCAGCACUCGUGACCCCGAGAUUCUCUAUGCCAUUCUUGCACUGGGCAUUCGAUUUUCCGAUGAAGAUUGUCAGAACUCUACCGAUCUUGCGAAUCUCAUUAGCGGCUAUACCGAGGUAGCCAGAGGAUUGGUUAUGAGAAGAGUCUCAGAGGGACCUGUUGAACUAUCCACUCUCCAAUGUCUAUGUCUUCUCAGUUUGAUAGACUUUUCGAAUGGCAACACGCACCGGUCCAGCAUACACAGCAGUCUUGCAAUGAAUCUAGCACAAUGUGCCAAUCUCGGAUCCGAAUUUCAUAUCACACUAUCUCCGGUGGCCCGGGAAGAGCGUCGACGGUGCUUCUGGAGCAUUUGCCUUCUGAAACGAUUCCAUGGCGGCGAGUUCGAUAGCGGAGGGUUUCCGGAUGGGACCUUCCCUCCUUUUCCGAAAAGUCCUGAACGUCCUCGUCCGCCAUUUUCGCCAAGUAAUGCAACUGACGACGCUCGGUUCACUGAUAUGGAGGACCAGGGUAUUCUCGCCUACGUGAUAAUCUUGACUGAGAUGUUUGCAAAAUCUGCAAUGUAUGUCCGACGGCAUGGAAGGCCCAGCAAUCUUCCCCCUUGGUCUUCACAGUCAGAGUAUUCCAAGAUCAUCACGUUACAGAUGGAUCUGGAAACACGCAUGCCUUAUAUUCAUCGAUUUAAGCCUGCAAAUCUCAGCGAGAGGACGCCUGAGGAACUUCAAGCCAAUAGAGGAUAUUGGGGCCCCUGGUUCUUGAAUCAGUUCCUCUACCAUACUAAUCUGUGUCUUCUCAACCACCCGCUUUUACUAUCCCUCGGCCUCAGAAACUUUCGCAGUUCUAUCCCCGAAAUAUUUCUGCAACAUACUUCCGACCUGAUUUCAUCGCACACAACAUGGAUCAUCCAUUUCAUAAACUAUUUCGAGGAAAAAUCAUUUGUUGUCUCAGACCCAUUACUCGGAUAUAGUGCGGCUGUAGUGGCUACGAUUGAACUGCAGCUGAGCUUUACUGAAGACCAAACAAUUCGACAAGAAAAGAGGGACCGGUUUUAUAGAUGCGUUAGGUUUGUGGAGGGUAUUGGGCGAAGAUGGCCACAUAUGGCCCAGCUGGCAGACAAACUGCAGAGAUUGGAAGGGGCAGUAUCGGCCUCUUAUCAACCGGAGCCGGGCGCACAGAAUAAGAGCCUAUUGAUCGAUUUGUCACGGUUCUGGGAGAUACUUGAAUACUCUUCGAACAGGGAUUUGGAUUCUGCUCGUCGCUUGUUUGGCGACUCCUUAUACUGUGAACCUCCUACUCUCGAUGUUGAAGUAUCGCAAACAUCUCCUCUGCCAGAACCAACUCGCCUAAACUCACAGUCAGAGCAGUCACAUUCAGGGUCACGAUUGUCAGAGUAUAUCUUUCAAUCUACCCCGCCUGUUGGGCCACAUUAUACCGCGAACUCGGCAAUCUCCCCUCGGCAACCAGAUUUCUUCAACGAUGAACUGUCGAUCUUGGCCACAAACUUCUUCUCCCAAGGACAAGAGUUCUUGCGUAGCAGUGAUAAUAGGGAAGGAAUAGGAAAUUUCUGA